CACACAUGUUCAAACCCACUUCCCAAUAAACAUUUACUUGGUCCCAGUAUCUGUUCUCCAAGGUGAAUGGAGGUGUGCGCACAAAUUAAUUUCCUAAACAACCAUGUCGAUGAACCAAAGGAAAUUCAAGAAAGCCAUACAAAACAAGUCCAAGCUCCGGAUCAAGAAUGACUCCAGCGACCUUCUCAUGUACUUGAUAUACAUCGACUAUUUGAAUCGGUUGAUAAAGCAGUCCCAGGUCAAUGGCACUAUUUCUGUGGUCAAGUUGAAGCAAGAAAAUAAAACCCUUCUGAAACAGUACCGGGGAUAAGCUUAACAAAAUCUACGGGUAUUCAUACUACCACGACCGACAAUGGGAUGACUAACAGACAAACCUAAUGUGCAUUAGGCACUGUUCAACAGUGGGUACAAGCGAAAUGACACCAAUUGCGACAGUAUCGUCCAACUAGCAAUGACCAACGACUGACGAUUAACGACCAACAACUAGACAGCUACGACAAACCUCUAUAUAUCUUUACUUAGACGAUUCACAAAGCAUAAACUUGAUUU